AUGGUAUCGAAUUCGUUGGGAUUUGAAGCAUGGUUUAUCAAAUCCCUCGCAGACGCUGGCAACUGUCACAAACCUACAAAAAGAUCUCAGCCCUCGAGUUUCUUCACCGCACGACGGCCCAAUGUACCUUUGAGGAGACGCCAGUCCCAAAGAUUUACAUUUCAGCGGCAUAAUCACACCCAGGAUUUCGAGGCUGAGUACGACUACGAAUCCGCGGAGACAGAUGAGCUGCAGAGAGCAGAGGAAGAGAAGCCCUUCGAGCCGAACCGGACGAAGGAAGAGCUUUUGGAAUUAGUAGAUCAGUCUACUGGGAGAUCAUACACGGAUCAGCUUCCGCUGCUUGAUAUGCCACAGCUGUACCAACCCAGCGACGGACCACACCUCACAGUUUCUGAUAAGCCUGAGGACGAAUGGCCUCCCCCAGACUACACAUGGCCCUCAGACCCAGAAACGAAGAUCAAGCUGGAAGAAAUACGUAUCUACAUGAGGGAUUGUUGGCAAGCCAAAAAGCCGGUAAAUCAAGAGGAGCUUUAUCGCUUGUACAGGGCUCUCCCCGCACCACGCGCUCCAUAUCUCCCGUCCAAGUUACGGCAUAGUAUGAUGCAUCAUCUCUCGAUCGUGGAGAAGAAAGAUGAAAACUCGAUGUUGAGAUAUAUGUCUGUUGUCGAUGACAUGAAGGUUUCAGGUAUUCCAUUGAACACUUACGAAUGGACAAGUGCAAUAUCCUUCGCUGCCAGAUAUGUCAAGAGGUCAACAGAAGUCGAAGUCGAAGCGGCCCUCCAUCUGUGGAGAGAAAUGGAGCAUGUGGCAAAUGUCAAGGCCACCGCAGCUACGUUCAACGUCCUUUUCGACGUUGCCUGCAAAGCUGGGAAGCUGGUCCUCGCUGAGAUGAUAUACAAAGAGAUGGAGACCCGGGGCUUAGAAUACGAUCGCUUCCACCACGUGAGCCUGAUAUUCUACUAUGGGCUCAGAAAGAGCGGAGAUGGUGUCCGGCACUCGUAUAAAGCUCUCGUGGAAGGGGGUGAAAUCGUGGAUACGGUGGUCCUGAAUGCCAUGAUAUCAGCCCUCAUCCGCUCUUGCGAAGCAAGCUCUGCCGAGAAAGUCUACGAGCGCAUGAAGGCAUGGCAUUUCGAGCGCGAACAUCCCCAGCUGCCACCGCGGGAUUAUCACCGCCGGCGCGUCGUCAACCUCGCCUUGACGCACAUGGGCAAGAUCUCCAAGACGAAUCUCGAACUCCGGGAGAAGUUCCAAAGCAAGUCCAUCGUCGCGCCAGACCUCCACACAUUCGAGAUCCUGAUCACGCACUAUGCAAACACGAGCGGCGAGCUUGAAAAAAUCAGCAAACUCCUCGACGACAUGAAGGUUUUCGGGCUCGGCGUCCACAAGACCAUCUUCCUCCGUCUCCUCCAAGGUUUCGCCACGCACGGGGGCAUCCGGUACACGAAAUGGACCGAAGCUCGCCUCGAAAGCGUGUGGAAGUCCUUCCUCCAGGCCCUCGACGACGGGAACGAGGACGUGGAAAUUUCCCAGUGGAUCAUUGCGUGGGCCUUCCAAGCAUUCUCGAAUUGCUCGGGGAGGGAGAGGACGAUGCAGGCGUGGGAGGAGAUCAGGUCGCGGUGGAAGGAUCCUGACGACGCCGAGCUGGAUUUCGCCAUGGGGAAGCUGAGGCAGGUGAUGGAGAAGCCGGGCAGAGCCAGGAUGAAAGAGGAUUUCUUUCUGGGAAUGUAG